AUUUCCCCUUGCUUUUCUUAUAGAAGAAACUUUCUUCUUUCAAUGGCAUCGGCAGCUCCGACGUUUCCAUCUACAAGAGAGACAACUAAUUAUGCCAGAUUAUGCCGGCUUUUGGUGGAUUUUGGUUCUCAGGCCCUGCGAGAAACAUUUGAUAGAAUUCAUCCUCCAGGAGGCCUUGAAACAGUUUUGGCAACACCACCAGCUCUUCCUAAACUGCGGUACCUUCAAGUGAAGAAAAUCUUGAAUCCUUCUCAAUGGGAUAUACUAUACCCUGCCAUCAAAUCUUCAGUUUCAUCCAAAGACUUUGAUAUCACCUUGCUGGUGGUGCUGCUCAGGAAUAUUUGUGGCCUGACUCCUCCAGCCACUGGCUGGGAUGCCCUUCCUUUGCCUGCAGAUUUGUCUUGUGAGGCUGACAUCGCCCGCAUCAAAUUCUAUAAAAAUAAAGUGUGUGGUCAUUCCGCCCAAGCGUCGGUUGACGAUGCGACAUUUCACAAUUAUUGGAGGAAUAUCCGCGGUAUUCUGGUAAGACUUGGUGGAGUGGCUUAUGAAGCAGCUAUUGAUGGGCUCAAGUAUGACUGUUGGGACCCUGAGCUAGAAGAACACUACAAAGAGCUUCUAAAGAAGUGGAAGACGGACGAAGAUAGUGUGAUGGACAAGCUGAUUAACGUUGAAGCCAAAGUAGAUAAAGUAGCAGCAGCAGUGGAUAGAAUUGAGAGGCAAUUGAUGCCAUCGCCUGGUAGGUGAAAUGGUAGGAGUAUAGCACAUAAGUUACUUGUUUUAUGCACAUGUUUUAUCGCCUUUUACACAAAAAACCGAUCAAGGACACGUACCUUAACAAUCUUUUCUGUUUAGGGAAAUGCUGGUAAGUCAGCUGUGUAAUUAAAACUAGAUUGAUCUUCAAGUACGGCUAGGCACUCUGUCAUCGCCUCUCCUAUCCAUUCAAAGUUCCGGUGUUUGUUGUUUUCUACAGGUAGCUUGAACAGCGGGACAAUAUUGUGUUGAGGGUAUGGGGGAGGGAAAGCUUUAUUUUCUCCUUUUUAAGUUGGCAAAACCCCAGAGAGGUCCUUUAGGGCAAAGUGUUGCAACUAAUUUUGUCGCAGAUUGAAGAUCAGACUCCUCUGACCUAAUUGUAAUGUUCGAGUUGUUGUUAAAGAUCCGAUUAAAGAAAAGUGGUGCCCUCCUCAGUUUCCCUUCAGGUCUUCGUGUUAUUAUCCACUAGCAUUUUGACAUCUUUGGUGAUCUAUAACUGACCAGACAUACGCAUGGUAUAGUGAAAUCCAUUUGUUUUGUAUGAUGUCGAGAAUUUAGGCAGGCCGAAAUUAGCCUCUGUCGCUCGACUGUAGAGAUAUCUGCCAUCAAUUCGCAGGCAAAAAGUUGGACACUAACAUCCAGUUUCAAAAAAUACACCUGUUACUUUUAAAGUUUUACAAAACCUAGGUUUUUCUUUUCUCACAUUUGUCUUUUUCUUAAGCUUUUUUCUGUUUUUGUUGUUUCCGUUCCAAGGAGAGAUGAACAGGAGCAAACAAAAGAGCGAGUUACCAGAAAAGGACCUCAAUAUUCAGGGCCGCAAGAAGGAGAUCGAUGACAUUGUACAAGUUCUCUCGAGAAAAAGAGACAAAGUGGUUGCAGGAGUCCUUGUCAGUGGAACGGCUGGAGUAGGAAAAUCCACGGUUGCCAUUCAAGCUGGGUAUCGGCUGAAAAAUGAGUUUGAAGCCAUCGUGAGGUUUUGUUCUUUGGGAGGCACUUACAAAGGGCGCAGUGAAGACAAUGGCGCUUUGAGGGAAAUUCUAAAUGUGUGUGUUCCAGGCCAUCAACAAGGCAGCGAGUACCCCAAGUAUGUUUUGCUCAAUUGGUGCAGGCGGCUUGACUAUGAGUUGGUCCUUAUUGUUGAUAAUGCAGAAGAUGUUAUAGGCGAUCGGGGUGACUACACUUUUUUAAACUUGGUGAGUGAUAUGAGGAUGUGCUCUGAUUGUAAAAUAAAGUUUCUUGUAACCUCUAGACGUUGGGACAUUGCCGGAGCGGUUUCCAACAUUCAAUUUGUUAAUAUAUGUCUCGGUCCUUUGGAUGUUAAGGAAAGUAUAGAAGUUCUGAAGAAUGGUGCGCGUUUGACAUCUGACACUGAUACUGACACUGAAGUCAAAUUGCGUGAGAUAGCUGAACUCUGUGAAAACAUUCCCCUCGCACUUCGAUUAGCAGGCCCCCUCCUUGCAGAGGAAUCUGAAUACACUUUUGAAGGACUUAAGAAAAAACUUGAGCAGAAUCCAGCAAAAACUCUUGGUGCCGAGAAAAUGAUGGAGAUAGCUUUCGAAAAACUAGACGACUCUUUGAAACGUGCCUUAGUGCGUUUAUCAGUGUUUCCUCAGUCUUUCAAAAGAGAUGCAGCGGAAGCAAUACUAGGUGAUAACUGUGCUGCAGACCUGACAAAUUUAAAGAAAAGGUGUUUGAUCCAGAAACAGGACGGCCGAUACCUCAUUCACUUACUGAUUCGAAGCUAUGCAAAGCAGGUUGGCAAAAAGGAAGAAUUCUGCCAGAUUCUAUCUGAUGGCAAGCACGGUUUUCUGAGGCACUUUUUGUCGCUGAUUUUGAGAUACGCAAAGAAAUAUUGGGGGAAGGACACAUGCAAAGAGUCGUUCAUUCUUUUCAAUGAAGAAAGAAUUAAUCUUGAAUCCACUCUGAGGGAGAUUGCCGGUCAAAAGGAAAUCCAACAUUGCAGUGAAAUGGAAGCUGCGAUGAACGAGUGUCAACAAGUAGCACCUUACAUUGAAUAUUGUGUUCACUUUCAACUUUACGAUAAAUUUUUGAGGGGUCUUCUUCAAUUGUGUCAAAGUCAAGAGAAGAUAACCAAACAAGUGGAAAUUUUGUGCCUCCUGUAUCAUGAAAAAAGGAAAUAUAGUUGGAAUUAUGAGCACAAAUUAGAAGAUCUCAUUCUCCAAGCCAAGGAACUGCACGAUGGCAACCUCUCUCAUUUCGAACGAGACAGGUUGUCUGAAGCGUUCUAUUUGAACCACUAUGGGAGAUACCUCUCAGAAGACCGUAAUGAAAGAGAACAGGCACAGCCUCUUCUGAAACAAGCAAUCUCGAUUUAUGAAAAGGAAGUCACUAUCAAUGGUUCUGCUUUUGACAUAGGCAGAAUUAUUGCUCAAAUGGGCCAUAACGCGACAAAUGGGGAAAGGCGUCAGGAAGCUCUUCAAUUCUAUACAAACGCCUUACGUUUUCGUUCUUCUCACUACGGAAAACAUUUCUUGACCACUUUUGCACACAAAGACCUGGCUGAUUAUUAUCUCAGGAUCGAAAAUUUUAGUAAAGCAGAGGAAAGCUACCUUAAAGCAAUUCAAGUUCUUGACGAUAUUGAGAUGAUAGGGCAAAAAGAGGUAGUUCCAGUUUGUAGAAAUUUUGGAAUGUGUUGUGAAAAGAGAGGGAAUAUUGAGGAGGCUCGAAGAGUAUUGGAAAUGGGAAGACAUGUUGCCGCUAACACCAUCGAGGGAAGUGUGAAAUGGAAGGUUGAGAUCAACACCUAUUUAGCACUGCUUUUGUAUAGAAAUUACCUUGAUGAGAUCAGUACUGCAGACGAACUUUCCAGAGAAGUUUUCGCCAUGAGCAAAGAACUUAAAAUGGAAAAAUGGCGUGAAAGCACAGUGCUUGAAACAUUUUACAAGAGGAAGUAG